AGGUUGGGAGAAGGGGAUGGCGGUGCCCCGCGACAUCGCCGUCGCCUACUUGCUGCAGGGCAGCUUCUACGGGCACUCCAUCUACGCCACCGUGUACAUGGACACCUGGCGCAAGGACUCGGUGGUCAUGCUCGUGCACCACGUGGUGACGCUGACGCUCAUCGUCUUCUCCUACGCGUUCAGGUUCCAUAACGUGGGGAUCCUGGUGCUCUUCUUGCACGACAUCAGCGACGUGCAGCUGGAGUUCACCAAACUCAACGUCUACUUCAAGCACCGGGGCGGGAUCUAUCACCGGCUCAACGACGUCAUCUCCAACCUCGGCUUCCUCACCUUCAGCGUCAGCUGGUGAGCUCCGCCCCGGCCCCGGCAUCCCGGC